UGAUAUUUUGUGCGUCGGUCUUUUGAGUAAACGUUUUCGGAAAAUUAAGUUAUGAUGCUUUGUUUAAUAAACAGGUCAUUUAUUUCCGCAUUUCCAGUUUAGCUUUCUCGCAAAUUUUACUGACACCAGGAAGAACAGAGUCUUUUGGGUUUUCGUCAGUUCUGCUUUGUUCGGAAAUCUCGGAAAGAGCCGAGGCGUUUUAUGGGCUUGUUUCCUGCUUCGAAAUAGAUUCAAGGAAACGAUUUUCGGUGUUGUUACCCAGGUGAGUAAGAUUUAAUUGAAUACGUUUUAUUCUCGUUGAACUAAAAGAAAUAAUAUUUACAGGAAUACCUCUGGACGUUUUAAUGUUAUAGCUACAGGAACUGAAGAGCUAGCUUUACAAGUUAAAUCGCUUUGACAAAGAAGAAAUUUUAAUGUGGAAGUCAAACAUUUGAAUUUGUUUAGCGAAAACUGUUCUUUCACUAAUAGUGAAUUACCCGAGGGUGAUAAACCAUACAUGAGAGCUUAAGUAAACGCGGGGAAGAAGUCAAGCCUUUUUGUCUUUAUUUAAUGACCAUAUAUUAUGUCUUACAUUUAAGUGCAGCUUAAAACAUCAGUGUAUUCUUCAAAGACGUAAAAUAUAUCUUCAGUAACUUGUAGAGCUUUUGAGAACUUAAAGUCGCUAUCUAGAACGCCAUUCGCAUUGAGCCGUGAAAGCACCUGCGGACGACAAAUCGAAAGCUGUCCUCCCCUUGAGUAAAAUAUGAUUUAUUUCGAAACAUUUCAGUGAAAGUAACAAUUGAUAGAAUUUAAAAGGAUAUUGUCCCCUUUUGAAUGUAACAAAAAGAGGGUUGUACAACAUGUGGAAAUUUCACAUGCUUUCUAUGCCUUUCUACAGGAAUCAUAUAAUUGGAAAGAAUCAUUUUGUUUCAUUCAUAAAAAGACACUGUAAUUACAUUUCUUUGGGUGAAAAUUAUACCACCAGAUAAAUAGAUAAAUGGCAGAAAGAUUGGUUUUAGUAUCGAUCAAUUUUGUCCUGUUUAUGAGAAAAGUUUACCUCGGUUAGAAAUAAACAGAGUGUAAAUAUUGGGAAAAUGUUAUUGCUCUGAUAGAAAUGAGAACAUGCAAUAAGACCCUAAAAAUGCUAAAAUAUGUUCUCCUUAAUAUUCAAAAUGAUUUAAAGGUUCAGCCAAGACCAGCCAGUCUCUUUUUUGUCACAGAAAAGUAUUGAAAAAAAUAAUGUAGUUCUAGCUUUUAAACAUGGACGAAAUCAUAAGUUGUGUGGCUAUGAAUCCUCUUAAGGAAUACGUUUUCGUGGUUCUUUAAGAUUUUCAGUAUUUGGCAAAGUGAAAUAUGAACACUGGAGCUUAAAAGAGUGUGACGUUUGAUUGUUACAGUGACCUCGUUAUAUACGGUGAGUGAAGGAUCGAUGUGGUGUGAACAGGGUACAAAGGGUGGGAGAUGUGUUUUUUUGUCGUAACACAAAGUUUCUUGGUAGGUUCUGCUCGCAAAGAGGCCAAUGUUUUAAAGCCUUGUAAAGUUUCUUUUUUCUCUCUCUACUCCUCUUCAAAAUUAUGAUUUCUCGUCCAGGUCUUCUUUGCAAUCUGUUUAUUUGAUAUUAUGUUUGUAAAGUCUUCCGAAAUUUGCCUUUUUUUAAGAUAUAGUAAGGGGCUUUCUUGCGUUUGACAGUUUGAAAUGUUUGUAAAAGUGCCUAACCAUCUUGGCACAUUUUUUUAUUCUCUUACCCGUUAGGAUUAGGAGGACUAGGAGGAUAGUAGCAGAAAAUGGAGAAAUCAUACAACACAAACCGAAUUUGUGCCAUCUGUGGAGAUCGUUCGUCUGGGUUUCAUUAUGGCGUACAAAGCUGCGAAGGAUGCAAGAGCUUCUUUAAACGUACAGUUCAGAAACAACUGCACUAUACCUGCGUGGAAAACAUGUCAUGUCAGAUCGACAAGAAUAAUCGGAUUCGAUGCCAGUUCUGCAGAUUUCAAAAAUGCCUGUCUUUAGGGAUGCUCAAGGAAGGUAAAAAUUUAAAAUUCGCCGGCCAAGUAAAAAUGCCGUAUGUCUUCUUCUAUUUCUGCCAGAAAUUUGUGCCUUCCUAAAUAAUUGUAAACUUAUUUGAGACAGCAAGGGUACACCUUCCAUCACUAGGGCCCUGAGAUUGUUAACUAUUUUUCUGCUAGAGCUCCGCUUUUACCCUAUCUUCAAAAACCCAGCCGAUUUCGAAAAUUAAACGGCUUCUAUAUCUUUAUUCUUUAAUUCUAAUUAUGGCUUUAGAAAAAUGGUUAACGAAAAAAACCACUAGAGGAUAUAAUAAAUAUAAUAAAUUAAUAGUUUUUAUUUUCUGUGCGGUCGACAGUUCCUAAUUUCUAACAGAUGUAGAUGAAAAUUGACAACGGAGGCCAUUUCGUCUGUCACACAGAUCUACCUCUUUUUCGCGCAAGCUACUUGCCUCAUUCUCACGUCAAAACCAUCUUACACACACUCUUUGCCGCUUCACAAGUAUCUGCUUUACAGUAUCACGUACCCCUUUGCCCUAAGAAUAUACGAUUACUACUAGUAUGUCUUUUUAAAUCCAGUCUUUUGCGAUGUAAUACUAAUUGAAAAUUCACAAAGAUACCAAAGUAAUCAGAAGAAGAUAGCCCUACUUGUGAUGAAUGCUGCAUUUAUGCAACCGUUUUAUUUUUUAGUCAGAAACAUCCGUGGGUUCGUCUCUUCACCUCUACCUCAGUGACCCCGUUUAUAUGGAGAAAAUUUGCCCCGAGUAGAAGGGUCACCCAUCCUACCCAAGCUACCCUGGGCGAGCCAUCUUUUCAUACAUUUUCUUAACUACAAAAGACGGAGAAUAGUACCUACCCAGGUCAGCCUUUUGUGAUGGUAGGGUCACCCUCCUAGCAGGGCCAAUUUUUCUCCAUACAAACAUUUUGGAUCUCCCAGCCGGGUUAGCUUGGUCAGGGUUGAGAUAAUCAAAGCAUACGCGAGUGCCGUUGGCUGGAACAAAGGGGUCAUGUUUUAUCUCACAUGAACGCUCGCUAAUUUUGACUCGGCUGGGAGGGUGACUGUUCUACCCUGGACAGGUUUGCUCCAUAUAAACGAGGCCUCAGACAAAGGUUCUCCACGUGUAACAAUUAAGCAGUCUUGCACUAACCUAAUCGCUUUUCAGCCGCCAAUUUAGUUUACAUUGCCGCUUUCGUCUUUCAGCUGUUCGAGAGGACAGAGCACCGGGUGGCAGACCACGUAUCAAGUCUUUAAUGGGAAUGAAAGAAAACGCGGACACAUUCGUCUCCUCAGAACUGAUCACGCAACUUAUCCAAGCCCGUCCUGACGCAGUGCCAAAGAGAAGGUAUAUUAAAGCUACAUUUCUUAUUCGUACUUAAUUAGAGUGAGGUGCUAUGAUCAUUAGGGACUACAAAUGGCUACAGGCUUCAGGUCUUAUAUCCUUGGGCUAUACAGCGGAACAGUAGCUGGUCCGAUCCCCGGCUUGAUUUAUAAUUCAGAGAAGUCCUCAUUCUGUGCUCUUCUAAAUGGCCUCCUUUUAUCUGUCAUUCUGGCCUGCGUCCGAGGAGCAUUGAAGUACGUAAACCUGAUUUUAGUAUUGCUGUUGUUCAGUAGUGGACAGCGCACCUUGCUUACCCUAAGCUAGUUUACAGACUUUCCACUUAAAUAAUUAGAAAAAAUAACAGAACAUAACAGGAUUAAAAACCCAAACUGGCAGGAGGCAACCAGCCUUUAACCCGGGACCGCCGGAUUACGAGUCCAACUCGCUGACCACUCCACCCCGCUGCCUCCUUCAAGUCAAUGUCCAAACUGCAGCGUUGGUUAUGCUGAUUUAGGCUAAUGUGGGUAAUUGUCAAAGUUACUCUCGUUUCCAUUCUCAUCUCCCUGCGCAUGCUCUUCCGUGAGAGUGGACCAUAAUUCCUGAAUAUUUUAUUCCUUUUUAAUCUCUAAGUUUUAAGGGUAUUACAAAACAUUAACUUAGGAGACUUCACCUCACUUGAGAGAAUCAACAUGCAACCAACAGCACGUGUCAAUUACGUCAUGAAUACCAACCUCCACUAUUCUUAAUUGGCCAUCUUAUAUCGUAAACUCUGCCCUGCAGGCAGAAUGGAGAGGAAAGCGCGCGGUGGACGAUGGGAAGGAUGAAGAGAAGGGAAGAGGCCUCCCGUUCGCUCUUGCUAUCUGAUCUUCUUCCCCCCACCCCCCCGCGCUUAACUAUUCUUAUUUUUUAUUUGAAGUUUGGAAUACCGGUAGGAGCCCCUACAGAGGAGAGAGUAUCAUAAAUUUAAGAGUUGUGAUGGCUCUAAAAACCACUACACUGCAUUCAAUACAUUGAAUUAACUGCAAAAACCGUGGACGAAGAUCCUGCUAGUUGUAAACGUUGGAUCUCUAGAAAAGAGAUCAAAUCAGCCAAAAUAUAAAGAACCAAGAACGAGAAGUCCAAAGACUACUGCAAAGCUGAUUUAAAACAACGUGUAUUGUUUUCUUAUAACAAUAUUUCGGCUGGCCAUACCAGCCUUCUUCAGGUAGUAUAGAUGUUACUGAACUUAUGUAGCAAUCACAAUAUUACAUAGCAGUAGUCUUUGGACUUCUCGUUUUUGAUUCAAUACAUUACCGUUGCCCUAUUCAAUAGGUAUUGUAGUUUGCUAGCACUGAAUAACGUUGUAGCUCAAUGAAAUUAUUUUGUAAAUAGACCAGACUACAUGGACCUUGGGUUUGCUGACAUCUGCCCUUUGAACCCUGUGGAAAUUGUCAUGGAGUUAAUGCUACAGGAGGUCGACUUGAUGGUGGCUUGGGCCUACAAAGUCCCCGGAUUUAGAGAGCUGGAUCGUGAAGAUAGGGCUAACCUCUUUUCUUCAGGUAAAUGCACAAAACUGACAGGUUGCUUGUUUAUUUAGUACAAUAUCUUUUGAAAAGAUAAUUCCGCACUUAACACCAAAUUGAAGAAUCUAAGCACUGCUCGAGUUAUGAGUCCCUAUUGAAAGCGUAAUAUUCCUAUGUUACGUUUUGAUGUAAUUUACAAUGGAAACAUUUCGUCUGCGUUUUGUUACUGUUAUAGGCCGGGAUUGACAUCUACAUACAUUUUUGGCUUAGGCUAGAGGGGAUUUCUUCGUAUUUACGACGAAUCCGGAACAUUUUGAGACCGGAUUAAAUUCCUUUUGCCUUUCACAGGCAGUUAAGUAAAACAACAAUAAAAACGUCCUGGUUUGGUCGUGUGCCCCGGCGAAGAUCACGAAAUCUGAAAUUUAAAGUGGAUACUUCAAAGCUAAAUGUAUGUUCUCGGAUUUACUGAUGUGUCUAAAAGCCUGCGAAUCUGAAUAUCAUAUUUGUAAUAAAUCCGAAAUCAUUUAUGAUUCCAGAAAAAUCUCCUCUGGUGUAAACUUAGCCCUAGACACUGGUACAUUAUCAUCCUCAACAAAGACCAAACAUAAAAAUCCAACCAAAUGUAAAUGAUCGUUUCCUCGAUUCUUUUUAAAAUUAUCUGAGUCAUGCACUAAUUAUAAAAACUACUAUGUAAUUGAUCCAGCUUUGCUAGAGUUACUGGUCCUUCGAGUAUGCCAGCGGUCCAGUCCACAUCAAGGCUCUGUCAUGGUGGCUAAAGAUGUACUUCUGAAUCCGGAACACUCAUUCAAUAUGGUACUGGAGCAAUGGUCCUCACAGAUGGCAGGUUUUGCUUAUAAGAUGCAAAGCUUGCAACUUGACAUGGCAGAAUUUGCUUGUGUCAACGCUAUCAUGCUAUUUGAGCAAGGUGAUUAUUUUUUGGAUCUUGAUGCUGAGUGGCCUGAAUUUCAGACGUUUAGUUCGAUUCGUUUUAACCCCCCUAGAUUCUGAAUCCUUACGUGUGUUUUAGUGGGAAUUUUUACGCGGCGCUCGUAGAGGUCGAUUUAUUCAGAGGUCACUUUUGUCUCUUGGGGCAUGCGCGUUUUCAGAUUCAGUCUCGACGUCGAGGGCGAUGAAGGAAAGACGUAUCAAAAGAUUACAGUUCCACGAGAGACAAGAUUAGAACUACACUUAACGGACACAAUAAUUUAAAAAUGUUUUCCACUCACAACUUGUUGUUAUGUUUUAUGGCAAAGGUCAGGUGCCCUCGUUCAAGCAAGUCAUAGUAUAAUUAUUGCUGGUCCAUUUUUCUUACAGAGACGAGCUCGGGAUUGAAAAACAGAGAAAUGGUCGACUUCAUUCUAAGCCGUUCCAUUGAUGCACUGCGGGACUAUGUGAGCUGUUCCUAUCCAGACAAGCCCAGUCGGUUCGCUCACAUCUUGCUCAGACUUCCGUCGCUAAGAAACGUAUGCUCCAAAAUGGCGGAUGAAUGUUUGUUUGCCCGCUCUUUUCUCAGUAUGGCUGUUCCCCAGGCUUUGUCGUUGAUAAUGGAAAUGAAAAUGUAGACUGACAAGAAUGACUAGUACUAUUUUUAAGAUUUAGAACGAUCUUCUUUUUUUUUCUAAAAAGCGAGUGCACGCAGGAGGCCGGUGCCUCGACUUAAGUGCCCGAGUACAAGGCGGUUCAACCUCGAACUUAGAGCUCGGCACCGUGCCCAACCUCUUGCGUGAGCCUGGAAAGCAGGUUGUGUUCACUUUAGCGAGUGCUUACAGCAUUCGGGCACUUUGUCAGGGCAUCAAAUGUGAACACAAACUUUGUGAAAGAAGAUUCAAAGGCAACAUCAACAUGCAUUAACAGUUGAUGGAGCAUUUUAAUUUCGAAGACCUUAAAUUUGCGCUUUUAAUGUAUUGUAUUUAUUUAGUUAGUCUAGAUUUUGAUGAAAAGAGAAGAGUAAUUCGAAGAAAGACAAAAAAUUUAGUACAUAGUUUAGUUUUGAGCUGCC